AUGCUGGGUCCAAUUUUGAGACAGACCCCUAGGAAUGCUCUGAUCAGUCAGAUACCAAAAUACGUAUCGAGAUUCCAGAGCCACGGCAGCCAUCCCAGGCAAGUGUUUGGGCCGGAGGGUUUGCAGGAGCCUUGUGCCACCUGCAGCUCUUCAGCAUGUCCCUUCCGAACACCCCUUGCACGAAGUGUCUGGCGAUGGACAUUAUCUUGGGAACUGCAAAGCACCGAUGGGCAUUUACACCUAAGGAGGAAGCACUCGAAGCAGCCUCUGCCAUCAGCCCGUUGCAGGAAACCUAAAAGGCCUAGACCUCUUUCCAGCUCAAGAGAUGAAAUAACUGGGAGAGGGAGUGACUACUCUUUAAACCACGACCAGAAGCUCCUGCGAGGUGUUCGGGGCCGCUCGCGGGACGCGGGGCCGCCGCGAGGGCCCCGUUCCUGGUGCCGGGAGCGGGUCCUCUCUGCAGGACAGGUUUGCCGCAGCCUCGGGCCGGAGGACGCGGGGCCGGCGGCCGUUCCCGUUCGACGCUGCCCGCUCCGCUCAGUGUUAGCCCCUGUCCGUGCCCGUCUCCCUACGUGUUCACAGCUGAUUUACGGGGAAGGGUCUGCACUGGACUGCAGGCUCCAUGUGCAGAAAUUGAACUUGCUGCAGGGUGAGGUGGAGGAAGCCCGGAGCUGGACACCUCGGUACGUAGAAGACUCCAUAGAUGCCAACAAGAACAGAGCAGUCGAAAGUGAAGGCAGAAGUUUGGUCCAGCAGGGAGGAAAGGCAGAAGUCAGUCGCUGGAGUAAAUAUCUGGAUGAGAGCAAGGAAACUCAGGAAGAUGAAGAUGAGGAGGAAUCAGGAGAAAGGAAUCAGUUUUGCUCCUGGAGGAAGAACACUGUGGAAGGACAAAGGAAACACCAGAAAAGUUUCCCCUACACUGAUGUCCAGGAAUUGUCAGAGGAAAAUGGAGCUUUCCAGAUUGCCAACCAAGCCAAAAAGCGCAAGCAGUGUUCACAUGCAGUGCUGAAUCAAGAUGAUGGAGCAGCUGGCUGUGGAGACAGGAUCAUUCCUGCUGAGUCUGCAGUGCCCGAGGGGAGCACACAAACCCCAGCUCCUUCCAUCAAGCCCUCAAAGUGGGAAAAAUUUCUCUCUUUUUCUGACAACUGUAGUGAAACCACUGCCAAGGUCACCUUGCCACCACAGGAGGGCAGUAGAAAGUCGGGGCCACCCAGCACUGCAGCAGACAUCUUUAUGACCAGUAAAUAUUCCAGCGAGGCUGGAAACUUUCUACCUCCAGGCCUAGGUGACACUGAGUUCAAAAAGUGCCUUGCUAGCGCUGAGCAGCUUGCCUCGAAGCUGCCUAGCACCUCCCUGCCUGGUGCUUGCUCAAAGGAUGUGGUGUUCCAAGAACCUCAAGGCCCUUUGCUAAGGGCAGGGUCUGCUGCCUUAGAGAGCCCUGCAGGAAGGGGCCCUGGGACUCACACUGCAGUGCCCAUGUGCCCUCCUGCACCUGCCCUAGUUCUCUCCCCUCCUGGGCACAAGCCUGGUAGCACAUUCCAUAACCUCUUCUGCACGGGUGAAGAGUUUGAUGAUCAUCUAUGA